AUGGCUAAAAACAUUGACCCCCAGAAACUGCCCGCGUUUCCCCCGCUCGAAACAGUCGAGCAGCUCAUCCUCCACCAGAAGAAGGGAAACUGCGUCCCCGUCUAUGUCCAGCUCCCCGCGGACCUCCUCACCCCCGUCAUGGCCUACCUCCGCAUCGCAAAGGACUCAAAGUACAGCUUCCUCCUCGAAUCUGUCAUUUCCGGCGAGAACAUCGCCCGCUACAGCUUCAUCGGCUCAGAUCCCUUCAAGGUAAUCAAGACCGGCCCCAACGAGGAGAUCACCGGCGACCCCAUGCUCGCCCUCCAGCGCGAGCUCGCCGUCUACCGCUACGUCAAGCUCCCCGAGGUCCCCACUUUCACCGGCGGUGCAAUCGCCUACGUCGCCUACGACGCCAUCCAGCAUUUCGAGCCCAAGACCGCCCGCCCGCUCGACGACAACCUCCACAUCCCCGAGGCCGUCUUCAUGCUCGUCGACACCAUCCUCAUCUACGACCACCUCUUCCAGAACGUCAAGAUCGUCUCCCACGUCUUCUGCCCCGACAACGUCGGCCCCGCCAACCUCUCCUUCACCUACCAGACCGCCGUCGCCAAGGCCCGCAGGCUCGCCCGCGUCGUCCUCCAGACCGCCACCCCGGAGGUGCCCCAGCCCCCGAUUUCCCUCGGCGCGGACGCCGUGUCCAACGUCGGCAAGGAGGGCUACGAGCGCUUCGUGUCUACCCUCAAGGAGCACAUCGUCGCCGGCGACAUCAUCCAGGCCGUGCCCUCCCAGCGCCUCCAGCGCCCCACCCAGCUCCACCCGUUCAACGCGUACCGCACCCUCCGCCAGAUCAACCCGAGCCCGUAUAUGUUCUACCUCGACUGCGGCAGCCUGCAGCUCGUCGGCGCGAGCCCAGAGACACUCUGCAAGGUCGAGGACAACAAGGUGUACAACCACGCGAUCGCGGGCACGACGAAGCGCGGAAAGACCGCGGAAGAGGACGAGCGGCUCGGGCAGGAGCUGCUGGGGUCGGAAAAGGACCGCGCGGAGCACAUCAUGCUCGUCGACCUCGCGCGCAACGACGUGAACCGCGUCUGCCAGCCCAAGACGGUCAAGGUCGACCACCUGAUGCAGCUCGAGAAGUUCAGCCACGUGAUCCACCUCACGUCGCAGGUGUCGGGCAUGCUGCGCGACGGGCUCACGCGGUUCGACGCGUUCCGGUCGAUCUUCCCCGCGGGGACGGUCUCGGGCGCGCCGAAGAUCAAGGCGAUCGAGCUCGUGUACGAGCUCGAGCAGGAGCGCCGCGGCGUGUACGCGGGCGCGGUCGGGCGGUUCGACUUUGCGGAGGACGAGAUGGACACGUGCAUCGCGAUCCGGACGAUGCUGUUCCAGGGCGGCAUGGCGUACCUGCAGGCGGGCGGCGGGAUCGUGCACGACAGCGUGGAGGAGGACGAGUACCAGGAGACGAUCAACAAGCUGCAGGGCAACGUGCGCGCGCUCGAGGCGGCUGAAAAGUAUUGGUACGACAUACAGCGGAACCGGCCAAAGGGGCCGCCAUAGGGGUGAGAGCGAAGGGGUGGGUGUGCGAGUAGAAUACGCGAGCGUGUAUUAUCGUAGUGGGACCAAAAAAAGACAAAAGCUAUGUGUACGUGAGCGAGACGUGCCUCGCCCUGCGCUGCCUUUGCUCCUCCCUGCGGGCCUCGGCCUCCUCCUUGAGUGCGACGCCCUCCCUGCCGGCGAUGCUGAGGACGCCGGCGAUGAGCUCCGCGACGCGGGUGCUCUCGUCGUUGGCGGGGAUGGGGUACAUGACGAUGCGCGGGUCGACGUUGGUGUCGAUGAUGGCGACGGUGGGCACGUGCUCGAUCGCGCACUCGCGGAUGGCGUGGAGGUUCGGGAUCGGGUUGAGGAAGACGACGAGGUCGGGGGUGACGCGCUCCGCGCGGGCGACGUCUGGGCCGAAGAACUGGAUGCGGUUCGUGAGCGUGCCCGGGAGCCACUUCUCGCCGACGUGGAAGCCCUGGGGGCCGAGGCGCGCGGCGGCGCGGCGGACGCACGCGCGGAGGUCGGGGCGGGUGCCGACGAAGAGGACGGUGCCGUCGCGGGCGGCGACGGCGCGGACGAGGGCGGCGGCGCGGCGGAGCAUGGGGAGGGUGCGCUCGAGGUCGAUGACGGUGACGCCGGCGCGGGUGCCGUACGCGUAGGGCACGAAGUUGGGGUUGAGGAGCGCGCGCGAGUGGCCGAGGUGCGCGCCGG